AUGAUGGAUGCGACGUAUACAAGUGACUGUAUGGAGGAUCAGAGGCAAUUCGUGGCGGCAUAUUUGGCCCAGCCAUUCCUAUUCAACUCCCUCCCACGCACGCCGUACCCCGACCCAGUAACAGACAGCCACGGAGUCACCAAACCAGCCACCAAAGACUUUGGUGACUCGUCUGCUGAUUCUGAUUCGUCUUUAUCCCCGUCUGCUGCUCCUCUGCCCGGCACGCUGCGGUACUUCUGCUCUCUUCCUGGGCAGGUGCAAGCCCUGAUUCCUCAAAACGUCACCCCGGCAGGACUGGAAGAGGCGAGGCAGGCAGCGCCGCCGCCGUUCAUCAAGCUGGACCACUACAAUGCACUGAUAGAGCUGCUGGGAGGGAGGAGGUCGGAACAAUAUGAGGUGCAAGGGACUGGAGUGGAGAUCAAGGUGUACUCGAAGGUGACCAAGGCGCAGGCAGCGCCGCCGCCGUUCAUCAAGCUGGACCACUACAACGCUCUGAUGGAGCUGCUGGGAGGGCGGCGAUUCGAGCAGUUUGAAGUGCAGGGGCAGGGAGCGGAGAUCAAGGUGUAUUCCAGGGUCACUAAGGCAUUUCCGUGUAUUUUCCACCAAUCUGGGGAUAAGCUGAAGAGGGGGGUGGUGAAUGAGAUAGUGGAGAAUGGGACCCUGGAUGCCAUUGCGUUUGAAGGGAUGGAAUAG